CCUGAUUCUAAUAAUAGUGAUUAACUUCUCAUUGCUCACAGCCUGUCAAAUGUGUAAUGGCAUCGACAGUGGUUAUUGACACGAUGUUACAAAAUAAUGGAUUUCAGAUGAAAAAGAAAGAAGACACAGAAAAUAAAGACAAUUUAUGGUCCUCUAUUUUAGCAGAAGUACAAAAUAGUGGAAACAAUAAAUUACCAUCGAACAAGAAUGUUAUCGUUUUGGGUGAUAAUGAAAGUGGGAAAACGACCCUUAUCGCUAAACUUCAAGGAGUUGAAGAUCCCAAAAAAGGUUCAGGUCUAGAAUUCGCAUAUAUUGACGUUCGAGAUGAUUACAGAGAUGACCAAACACGACUGUCUGUAUGGGUUUUGGAUGGAGAUCCAGGGCACGCAAAUCUUUUGAGGUUUGCUUUAAGUGCAGAACGGUUUUCAAAUACUCUCGUUAUAUUAGUCGCUGCAAUGACAACUCCUUGGGCUAUUUUAGAUCAAUUGCAGGCAUGGGCUGAAUUAUUAGGCGAUCAUGUCGAUAAACUUAAUUUGGAUAAUGACGUCUGGCAACACUGCAGACAACAAAGUGUUAAAAAAUGGCAAGAAUACACGGAACCAGGUGAUGAACUUGAUCCUGGAAGUCCACUGAGGCGCACAAGUCGAAAUUUAGAUGACGAAAGUGCAGAUAAUUUGCCACUUACAGAAGGUGUACUCACAACUAAUUUAGGACUGGACAUUGUUGUUGUCAUUACAAAGACUGAUUACAUGUCUACUUUGGAGAAAGAACACGAUUUCAGGGACGAACAUUUUGAUUUUAUGCAACAAUGGAUUAGGAGAUUUUGUCUACAGUAUGGAGCUGGUCUGUUUUACACAUCAGCCAAAGAAGACAAGAACUGUGAUUUACUAUACAAAUAUCUUACGCACAGAAUUUACUCCUUACCAUUUAGGACGCCUGCUUUGGUCGUUGAAAAAGACGCCGUUCUUAUACCUGCAGGUUGGGAUAACAUGAAGAAAAUCAGUAUUCUUCAUGAAAAUAUGCAAUCUAUGAAACCAGAAGAUUAUUAUCGAAAUGUAAUCGUACAACCACCAACAAAUAGAAAAUGCGUAACGCGAGAAUUAGAAGUUCAAGCCGAAGAUGAACAAGUGUUCUUGGCAAGACAACAAGCAGCUUUAUCCGGAAUGAAAGAUCCAACUCGGUCCCCAACGACGAGGAACCAGGCAAGCAUAGGACCAAUCGUUCAGGUGGCUUCUCCUAAUAAAAAGUUGGAUCCCAAAGGAACAGGAAAUACUCCAUCAGGUGAAGGAGUCUUAGCAAAUUUCUUUAAUUCUUUAUUAUAUAAAAAAACUGGCUCCUCACCCGGUCCACCACCAGGAUCUCCUGGAAACGUUGGUACGAGUCCCAUUAAAGUCGAUGGAGUUGCCGUGGACAAAACAACAAUGCGAAACGAUGCAGCUGCGGAAUUGGAUCGCAUCACUCGAACCAAAAAAAUUCCACCGGCCGAUUUAAAUUCAUCGUCCGAGUGUUGAAAACUAGCACAACUUAUCUUUUUUGAGUCACAGCUGUAUAUCGAAUCAUCUUCACGCGAUUUCAAAUCCCGUGAAAAGAUUGAGCAUAAUUUAAUAGUCUAACUAGACCGAAAUAAUCGUCGUGUCGCUCUUUAAAUUAUUAAACUGAGGGUCAGUGCAAAAAAAAGAUGAUGAUUAACGUACCAUGUCUCGACGAGUUAAAAAAGAUUGCCUAAGUGUUUUUUUUAAUUCAUUUUAUGCGGAAACAUCUACAACUAGUGUGGUACUUAAAUCCAAAACAAAUUAUUUAUUUAUCAUUUUCAGUGUUAUCCGCAGUGGACAAUAAUUGUUGCACCACUUACUAACCAAUUUUUUGACUCAUGAAAUAAAGCGAUAUUUUUUCAAAAAAAAUUAGAUUUUAAACUGUAAGAAAGAUUGUUUAUUUUUCAUCUACUCAUUCUUUUAUUGAAACUUGAGAUUAUUUUUAAAAUUCAAUUAUUUAAACAUUUGAAUAUUAAACUGAUUUAAUCAUUCGAUUGUUUCGUUCAUUUUAAAUAUUUAUAAUUUAUUAUUUUAACUCUUAAUAUUUUUGAUAAUUAAAAUUUCCGAUUGUUUUAAUUGAAAUUCGUUAAAAAAGGUGAUUUUUUUUAAAGAGUCCGCACUACAUUGAAAGUGUACGCUGAUAAUUUAUUUAUAGUAAACGAAGAAAAUAUCCCCGAGAUUUUUUUGCAUUUGAUUAUUAUGUAGAAUAAUAUGAAUAUUUAUGUCGCUUGUUUUUGAUACUUUUGUUUUGCAAUAAGGUUGUGUUGUUGAUAGCGUCGUGGCAUGUUUUUCACUUACCGGCACACGAACUAGUAUUAAAAUGUAAACGAAAGUGGGGAAAAAAAAUAUAAUAAUUAUGAUGGAAGAAAAAAAUAUCACUUUACUGUAUAAUCUAUUUUAAUAUACAUGUUUUCAAGGAUAUGACAAAAACAAUAAUUAAUAUAAAAAGAAAACAGACCAUAUUAAGAAUUUACUAUGACAAAAGGUUUCACACAUACAAUGCUAAAUCAUAUCUUUGCUGAAUUUUGUAUAACAAUAUAAAUUGCAUUGCUUGGAGUGUCGUCUCUUAUUAUCUCUAACUGACCAUUCUUUUCUACUAUUGCAGUGUCAAAAGAAUAAAAGCUUCUUUUCGCGAAUAUUUUUUUAGCAAUGCAAUUAAAGAUAAGAGCUAAAUAUGAAAUUCUACAUUAAUGCUUCUCACAUUCGUUUACUUUGACAAAAAAAAAAUCGGCUGUAUAUACAAAUAGUGAAUAAUAUUAUACAACAAUUUCUUGAAUAAAGUCAUUUUUUACAUAAAAAUUA